AAGAUUGCUUAGCAGCGAGUCAUGGCAUUUUCACGGCAGGUUAAAUAACAGUAAAGUGUGGUAGAAGCUUUUGAACUGGUAACACACAUACACACACCAACACUGGGUCAGCCAGUUAGGCAGCAGGCAGGCGAGAAGCAUAGCCAUAACGACGACGACGACGACGGCAACGAAGAGUUGAGUGAUGAGUUGUGUGGAAAACGGCCAGCAAAAUUAAGGUAACACUCGGUGGCAACUGGCAGUGUGUGGUGAAAAUCGGACGCGAGCGGCAGACAAUGUCAUGACAAGAGGACCGUCAGUCAGGCAGCUAGCAGUGAAAAUGAAAAUGCAAAAUUCGCUGAAAACAGGAAAGUGACGCAAAAAAAUAAAAUAAAAAUUCAGCAAGCGUUGUGGCGAAGAAGAAGCAGCAUUGAAAAAAUACGAAAAUGUGUUGAAUAAUACAAGAAAAAAUAUUUGUGGAAAACAAAAGAAAAUAUUUUUAAUAAUUGCAAGCGUGUGUGUGCCAUAUCAGAAAAAAAAAAAUAAUAACGCGAGCAAUUGUCUCGUUGCUGCAUGAAAUUGCUCGCAAAGUUGUGUAUAAGUGUGUGUAAACGGCAUAUGCGCUUAACCUAGAAAUCGCCAGCGUAUUUAGUAUAAAGCAAAUAUAUAUUAUAAUAAAUUUUUUAGCAUACCAAUUUAUUUAAAAAUCAUAUAUGUAUACAUACAAAUAAGUGUAAUAAGUAUAUAUGUAAGUGUGUAGAUAGUGCUGAGAAACACAGGAAAACCAGAAGCAAUAGCCGCAAAGCAUUCAAAUAAAUUAAUCGAUAACGCUAUGUCAAUGGAAAGCAAUACCCCGGUGGAUCCCAGAGUGCAGGUUGAACUGGAGAAACUGAACACAGCAACAGACAAUAUCAACAAAUAUGAAGUGGAACUCGAUGAGGCGAAAUGUGAUUUCAAGCGUAUCUUGGCGGAGAGCGAGGUGCGCAUCAAGCAGGCCGCACACAAAUUGGGCAACUCCAUCGAGGCGGCGAAACCCUACUAUGAGUCGCGCAUCUAUGCAGCGCAAUUGGCAAAGGAGACACAACAAGCGGCAGUCAAUUACGAGAAGGCCAAAUCGAUACAUUCCGCUGCCAAGGAGAUGGUCUAUUUGGCCGAGCAGGGGCUGGGUGAGAAAGCGACGUUGGACACCGCCUGCCAAGAAAUGCUCAGUCAUGCUACCACCAAAGUGAAUCAGUCACAGGUGGAGGUGACGGAUGCUAGGAAUACGCUGAAAAUGUGUCAGCUCAAGUUGGAAGUGGCCAAUAAUCGUGUGGGCAAAUUGCAGGGUCAACUAAAGCAGGCCAUACGCGCGUCGAGGCCCUUCUACGAGGCGCGCGCCAACUAUAACGGACUGCUGAAAGCGCAAAAGCAAAAAAUCAAUGAACUGGAAAGCCGCGUGACCGAGGCGAAAAUGACUUACAAUGAGGCGUUGAAGAACCUCGAACAGAUCUCUGAAGACAUACACCGACAGCGGCAGGAGCAACGCGACCUGCUCAAUGACACACUCUUGCCACAGCUGUGCGCCGUCAAUAACGCCGCGGCAACAGCGCAAAGCUAUCAACACUUUCCGCGCGAAGAGUUGGACGCAGCCGAGGAGUAUCUGCAAUUGCCCGCGAAGCUCAGCACACAGUCCAGUCCAGUGCAUCAGCGGCGCUUCGACGAGCACGAAUGUCCACACUUGCUGCAAGACUUUCCAACGCUCAAUCUGAGGGAGAAACUCUCCACAAGCGGCGGCAUGCACAAGUCGGCCAGCACCAGCGCCACCGGCGACAGUCUCUUCGGCCACACACCGCUGCACGGACCAUACGAAGUGAAGUCGAGCGGCAACAGCAGCAGUGGCGGUGGCGCCGGCAGCGGCAGCGCGCACGAUGCCAGCUCGAGCACCGGCGCCGACGCCGACGACAAUGACGAUAUCGAGCAAUGGACUGAAAUACGGCUGUCACACUCGGAGAGCACAAGUUCCAGUUACUCCAACCAAUCGCUGCUGCACGAUCAGCCAGGCGGCGGCGGCGCUGAGGAUGCGCAAUCGCAUCACUCAUCAUCGUCCUCCUCGGACGAGCCGAAACGCAAAGUCACCUGUACGACGAUCUUCCACGAGGAUCAGCUGAACAAAAAGCAAAGCUUAAGCCAAUGGCUGUCGCGUUCGAAUAGCUUGAAGAUGUCCGGUCGACGCCAGAGCCUUGAUUUACUGAUCGAUGCGGGCGACAAGGUAAAGGAUGUGUUUAGUUUCGGUUUCCAAAAAGUGGGGAAAUCGCUGGAGCGACGCAACAGCGAAUCGGAGAUGAAUGCCGAGAAUGCGGACGGCAAUGCGAGCGGUGCGGCGGCUGCGGGCGCGGCGAGCGGCGGCAAAACCUCAUCGGCUGGCGAUUUCUUCCUCUUCUCCAGGUCGUCAGAGCCGAAAGAGCUGCUCUCCGACGAGCAGGUCGAGAAUUUAUUGUUGAAUCCCAGCCUGGAUGAGAAUGGUGUGAUAAUUGUUGAGCAACUUAAAUCGCCGUUACAACAGCCAAAUCCCUAUGGCAUGGCUGCCACGCCGACCACUACAACAACCACAACCACUUUGCUCUUCUAAGCGUUAAUUAGCGUUAAAGCAUAAUGUUUAAUAAAAAAAAAAA